CGCCCCCCCCGCAGUCGGGGCGCGGCCGCCGCCCCGCACGGACGGGCUCGCUCCGCGCUCCGCCGCCGCCGCCGCCAUGGCCGAUCCCGCCGCGCAGUCCUCGCUCGUCUCCUCCAGCUCCUCUUCCACCUCCGUGACCUCGUCCUCCGCCUCCUCCACGCGGGGCCUGGUCGGCGGUUCCAUGUCGGGCUUCGAUCCCCCCAAUUCUUCUUCCUCUUCCUCCUCCUCUUCCUCCUCCCAGCCCGUUUCUCUCUUUGCGGCUUCACCAGCGGCCCCGGGCGGGCGGGACCGGGGUGCCCCCCAGAGCCCCCCCGAGUCCCCGGAGUCUCCGUUCGAGGUGGUUCCGGACCGCGCCGCCUUCGACCGCGAGUUCGGGCCGGCGCUGGCGCAGAUCCCCGAGGGCCGCGAGUGCCACUUCCCGCCCUCGCCCCGCACCGCCACCGGCACCGGCACCGCCACCGGCACCGGGAGGGCGGCGCUGGCACGGCCCGUGCCCGGCUCGGCGGCCGCGCUGGAGGAGGUGUCGCGGUGCGUGCGGGAGAUGCACAGCUUCACCAGCGAGCUGCUCUCCUGGCACCUGGUGGAGCCGCACCACGGCGGGGACGGCGGCGGGGACGGCGGCGGUGACAUCGGGGACGGCGGCGGGGACGGCGGCGAGGGCAACGGCGGCGGCAGGAGCGGCGUUAAUGGCGUCACCGGUGUCACCGGGGCUGGGAAUGGUGUCACCACAGUGGGGAAUGGUGCCACUGGUGUCACCGCAAUGGGGAAAGGUGUCACCAGCAUUGGGAAUGGUGUCACUGGUGUCACCGCAAUGGGGAAUGGUGUCUCCGGUGUCACGCAAUGGAUGGGGAAAAGCGUCACCGGUGUCACCGCCAUGGGGAAUGGCUUCACUGGUGUCACCGCUGUCACCGGCAUUGGGAAUGGCGUCGCCGGUGGUGGCAUCGGGAGCGGCCUCGGGAACGGCGUCACUGUCACUGCCAGCGGUGUCACCGCCGUCACCGGCAUCAGGGGUGACAUCGGCGCCCCCAGCGGUGGCACGGACGCCGACAGCUCCGGUGACUCCGACGACACCGUCAUCGAGGAGGCGCCGGCCGAGGCCCCCCCGGCUGUCCCCAGGGAUGUCCCCAAGGAUGUCCCCCGCUGGCUGUCCCCGCGUCCAGGGUGCACCUCAGGAACUGGGGGAGCCCCCCCGGCCCCCCCCAGCCGGGACCCUGCCCCGCCUGGCAGCGUGCAGGAGCUGCUGUUCUGGCGGGACGUGAGGAAGAGCGCGGUGGCGUUCGGCGCCAGCCUGGUGCUGCUGCUGUCGCUGGCCACGCUCAGCGCGGUGACGGUGGUGGCGCACGUGGCGCUGGCGCUGCUCUCGGUCACCAUCAGCCUGCGCGUCUACCGGGCCGUGGUGCAGGCGCUGCAGAAAUCCGACGAGGGGCACCCCUUCAGAGCGUACCUGGACGUGGACCUGGCGCUGUCCCCCGAGGCGUUCCAGGAGCACGCGGCCGUGGUGGCCCAGCACGUGAACCGCGCUCUGCGCCUGCUGCUCCACCUCUUCCUGGUGGAGGACCUGGUGGAUUCCCUGGAGCUCGCCCUGACCAUGUGGUUGAUGACCUACGUGGGAGCCGUGUUCAACGGCAUCACCCUCCUCAUCCUCGCCGACAUCUUGGCCUUCACCCUCCCGCCCCUGUAUGAGAAAUACGAGGUGCAGAUCAAUCACUACAUGGCCCUCGUCCGCCAACAGACCAAGGACCUCACGGCCAAGAUCCAGGCGAAGCUCCCGGGUGUGGCCAAGAAGAAGCCGGAAUAAACCACAGGGUGGGGGGGGGGGGGAGUUUGGGGGUGCCCAGCGGUGCCCCCCCCCCCCCAAGCUUGUGCCCCCCCCCCCAAAACUCCACCCAAACCCCCCCCCCAAAUUCCCAAAAUUCGUUCCCCUCCCCCAUCUCACAGUGACGUCCGUCUGUGCCCCCCCCCCAGUUGAAAUGGGGAGGGGCUGAACCCCCAAAAUCCCCC